AUGGCUCUAACUUUACCUUUACACUUUUUCGAUGGCCUUUGCCGUCUAUUGCCUCCACGUUUCUCUACAAAUCCUUCUACAAGUGAACAGAAUCGUUUAAUUGAACAUUUGGCUGUUCAUUGCUCAAUUUUUGAUCAGAUUCGUUGGCGUCGAGUCUCCAAAACCUUCCAGCGGGCUAUUGAUAACAGACUGCGUCAAUUUACCCGAAUCAAUGUUCGUUGCUACAAUGGACUAGCACAAAUGUGUGAGGAAUGUGAGGGAAGUGGAUCUAUUGGAGGGAAAGAAGGCUGUCUAGACUGGCAUCCUUAUGCAAAACUUGUACUUGUCCAAAUGGGUGGAAAUGAGCUUGGAAUAGCUGUAGAUACAAAAAUGCGACAUGGAGAUGUGCUUGCUCUAGUUCAAUUGUUAACAGCUUUUCGCCAUUCUGUUGAGCAAUUGUGUAUGGAUUCGCCGAUUAUUGAAUUGCUUGUUUCACAGAUAAAUCGAAAGCAAAUGAGUAUUCUCUUAAAUAUGCUAAAGAAUUCUCGAACAUUUGUUUCUUCUCCUUGCAAAACUAGUCGAAUGGGUGAUGGAAGUGGAGGAGGUUAUUCUGCUCAUGAUUUGGUUAGAGUACCGCCACCGCAGAGCGUUCCUUAUGGACCUUUCUUUUCAAAAUUGAAGAAAUUAACUAUUACUUCACAGUCAAACCAAUUGGAGCAUUUAUCUCGUCUACUUACUUAUGCUGUGGGUGUUGACUUUCUCUAUGAAACCUCCAAUAUAGACUUGCUUUGUCUCAAAAUUUGUAUUGGAAGAGGUCAAUGGUCUAUGCAAAAACCAAGUAUUCGUUUGUUUUGUCACGUUACUCGUUUUCGUCAAUGGACAGAAGCUGGGUCUUUAGGUGAACGUUAUUUUCAACAAUUUACUGAUUCUUCUUCACAUUUUGGUAAUAAUGGAAGAGGAGGAGGGGGAAGAUAUCGAAUUUAA